UGGGGCCAGGCUUUUAAGAGCUCUGGCUCUGGCCGGGAGAGGCUCCGGGGUCUUCUGCUUUCUCCUCUCCUUCGCUGUCCGUCCGCCCAUUGCUGAGGGCGGCACACUGAGGCGAGCCCGCCAUGCAGCUUUGGUGGUUCGCGCUCCUAGCGAGCGGCCUUCUCUGGCUCCCCGCAGAGUCCCAAGACUCGUGUGCCGGGCACUGUGGGGCUUUCAGAAAAAACUGCUCUUGUCACGUGACCUGCUGGUCCCUGAGCACCUGCUGUCCCGACUACAAGCAGUUCUGUCUGGGGAUCGAGCCCUACUCGGGCUCGGUGAUGGGCGGCCAAGACUUCGUGCUGCUGGGGCAGCCCCAGGUCCCCCAGGCCUCCUCCGUGGUCUGCAGGUUCCGAGAAACGAUCCAAACACAAGGCUACGUGGAUGACAAGGGCAGGAUCCACUGUGUGUCGCCCCUCCUGUACGAAAGCGGGCGGAUUCCCUUCAGGGUGUCCCUGGAUGGCGGCCAAACGUUCCCCAGCUCCGGGACCUGGCUGGCAGUCCAUCACAGCAAAGUGUCCGAUUCCAGCAAGAGUGAGCUGGUCAACGACACCAAGUGGCAGUACUACGGGACCCCGGGGGUCACCGGGAACCUCACCCUCUCCUGGAACGGCUCCCUGCUGCCCGAGCCCACCGUCAAUAUCGAGCUGUGGGGCUACCAAGAGACGGGCAAGCCCUACUCUGGUGACUGGAAGGCCCAGUGGUCGUACCUCUACACCCUGGCCAGGAACUUCCCCAACAGUCACAAGUUCACCUUCACCCCGGUGCCGGCCAAACCCCAGUACCAGGCUUGGGAAGUGGGCGCCCUGCGCAUCUCCGGGAGCAAGCACCAGGACGGAGAGAGGGACGUCCCUGCCGUCUGGAGCAGCGAUCACGCCCUGGCCUGGCAUCUGGGCGAGGACUUCCGCCGGGACUCUGCCUCCUGGGCCACCGCCAAGUGCCACAGCUGGGUCCAGCUGGAGAAAACGCUGCCCAAUUUCCUGGAGGAGAUCGAGGAUUGCCCCUGUACCCUGGCCCAGGCUCGGGCCGAUACCGGCCGCUUCUUUACCGAUUAUGGCUGUGACAUCGAGAGGGGCAGCGUGUGCACGUACCACCCCGAGGCCGUGCACUGUGUGCGCAGCAUCCAGGGGAGCCCUCGGUACGCGGCGGGCCAGCAAUGCUGCUACACGGCAGCGGGCACCCAGGUGCUGACCAAGGACUCGUCGAGCGGGAGCACCCCAGACCGCGGGCACGACUGGGGCUCCUACCCCUACGGGGCCCCCCCUCGUGUCCCCGGCCUCUCCCACUGGCUGUACGACGUCAUCACCUUCUACUACUGCUGCCUCUGGUCCAACAACUGCCACUUGUACCUGGAUUUGCGGCCCUCGAGCGACUGCCAGACGUACCGCCCCCCCCACUUGGCCUCAGCCUUCGGGGACCCUCACUUCCUGACGUUUGACGGCGUCCGCUUUACGUUCAACGGCCGGGGAGAGUAUGUGAUGGUGCAGUCCGAGCUCACAGACCUGAUGGUGCAGGCCAGGACCCAGUCGCCCUCCACGGCCAGCGGGGCACAGGCGUUGGCGACAGCCAUCUUGGCGGUGGCGGUCAAGGAGAACGUCUCUGAUGUGGUCGAGGUCCGGCUCGGGGGGCCGAGUGGAAAGACCCUCGAGGUCCUGCUGAACCAGGAGCUCCUGAACUUCACUGAGCAGAGCUGGUUAGACCUAAAAGGCACGUACUUGUCGGUGGCCGGGAACCGGAACGUGUCGGUGAUGCUGGGCUCCGGGGCUGGAGUGGAAAUCCAGGCGCACGAACACUUCCUGAGCCUGAGCGUCCUUCUUCCCAAGAAGUUCCUCAACCACACCCGGGGCCUCCUGGGGACCCUGAACAACAACUCAAGCGAUGACUUCAUGCUGAGGAACGGGACAGUUCUGUCCCCCAGCAUCACCCCCCAGGAGCUGCUCGAGUUUGGCGCUGACUGGGCCAUUUUGAACGAGUCCUCCCUGUUCACUUAUGAUUCCUCCUUUCUGAUGAACAACUACCUGCAGAAGCCCAAGCACGACCCCGACUUCCUGCCCGCGUUCUCCCCGGGGCCCCUGACCCCCGAGGUGUCCUCCCUGUGUAGGGGGGACCUCCUCUGCCAGUUCGACGCCCUCGUCACCGGCAGGCUGGACAUUGGCAACGCCACGAGGGUGGCCCACGAGCAGCACCAGCGGCUGCAGCGGGAUCUAAAGCCGGAGGUGUCCUGCGGCUGGCUGGCUCCCCCCGAGCACGGGAAGAAGACUGGGACCCGCUACCUGGUGGGCUCCUCCGUGGAGUUCAGCUGCGAGCCCGGCUACUCGCUGAGCGGCUCCAAGCAGCGGACCUGCCAGCCCGACGGCAGGUGGUCGGGGGAGGUGCCGAACUGCGAGCCAGCCUCAAACUCCUCGAAUAAGACUGUGCUGCUGGGAGUCAUCCUGGGAGUGCUGUGUGUGGUUGUUCUGGCUGUCCUGGGCUACGUGCUCCUGAGGAGGAGGAAGAAGAGGACGGUUAUGUAAAGCAACCUGCAGCUGUGGAUCACACUCCCCAUCUGAGCACCUGUGCCCCCAGGGUGCCCAUCCCCCCACCUCAGGGCUUACCUCCUACCUGGGCAUCCAUCCCCAACCUGAGCCACCUCCCCCACCCCGGGCGUCCUCCCCCAGCCUUGUCUGUUGCUAGCCUGACAUCCGCCCAUGUCCAGGAUGGGAGUUUUCCCCCCUCCCCCGCCCCCCCCUUGGAAGGAGCUGGCCUCUUUCUGGAAAGAAGACCCUGCCCCUCCCCCGCCGGCUUCUGCUUGCCAAGGCGGAGCCAGGCCUUGGUUCCUCGACGUUAAAUAAAGCCUAAAUAAAGCCGG